CACGUUUUCGCGGCAGCUCGACGUCCGGGGGUACGGGGGAAGGAGAGAGGGUGUACUCAGCUCAGUAAAGCCAGCUCGGCCAACCAGACUAGGAUCGAGACCGUGUUGACGUCACCCACCGUCACUGCAGAGCUAGUUGUAAAAGGAGAGGUAGUACAGUUGGAAGACGUUGACCUACUCGGACGAUCUUAGAGGGAGGAGUCAGUAGGCUAUGGACCUGACCCAGGUACUGGAGGCCACGGCCUCACCUGACACACAGCUCAUCACUCAGGCCCAGCAGCAGUUGGAGCAGGCAGCGCAGGCCAACCUGCCAGCGUUUCUGACGGCCCUGGCCAAUGAGCUCAGUAAUGUAGGAAAGAGUGACGUGGCUCGCAUGGCAGCCGGUCUACAACUGAAGAACUACCUCACCUCCAAGGCAGUAGAGGUCAAGGUUCAUCUUCAGCAGAGGUGGUUGGGUAUGGAUCUAACAGUGAGACAGCACAUCAAGAUAGCAGUAUUCAACACACUAGGCACAGAACCUGCUCACCACAGAUCAGCUGCACAGUGUGUGGCCUACAUUGCGGCGGCAGAGCUGCCGGCCGGCCAGUGGCCAGAGAUCAUCGCCAACCUCCUGCGCAACGUGUCGGGCACCUCCAACACAGAGGCAGUGAAGGAAGCCUCUCUGGAGGCCAUUGGAUACAUCUGUGAAGAACUGGAUCCCAAUGUGCUGGCUGUACAAGCCAAUGAAAUCCUGACAGCCAUCAUCCAGGGCAUGAGGAAGGAGGAGCCAAGUAAUCGGGUGAGGUUGGCUGCCACCAGAGCCCUACUCAACUCUCUAGAGUUUACCAAAGCCAACUUUGAGAAGGAAAUCGAGCGUCAUUUCAUCAUGCAAGUGGUGUGCGAGGCGACUCAGUGCUCAGACAACAACGUGCAGGUGGCGGCACUGCAGAACCUGGUCAAGAUCAUGAGUCUCUACUACCAGUACAUGGAGGCCUACAUGGGACCUGCACUCUUCGCUAUCACACUGAAUGCCAUGAAGUCGGACAAUGACCAGAUAGCUCUGCAGGGAAUAGAGUUCUGGUCCACCGUCUGUGAUGAGGAGGCUGAUCUCUCCAUCGAGGCCAUGGAGGCGGCAGAUGCAGGGAGACCUCCAGAGCAGACCAGCAGGUUCUAUGUGAAAGGAGCUCUGGAGUACCUGGUCCCCAUUCUUCUACUCACUCUCGCCAAACAGGAGGAGUAUGAUGACGAGGAUGAUUGGAACCCGUGUAAGGCGGCUGGAGUCUGUCUCUCCCUCAUGGCCGCUUGCUGCGAGAACGACAUCGUGCCCAGGGUCCUCCCCUUCGUUGACCAACACCUCCAGAACGUGGAAUGGAAGUUCAGAGAUGCAGCCGUCAUGGCACUUGGUUCCAUAAUAGAAGGGCCCGAAGCAUCUACCAUGGAAGGAUUUGUACAUCAGAAAAUGGAGACUCUGAUCUCGUUGAUGAGUGAUCCAGCCGUCCAGGUACAGGACACGGCGGCCUGGACGCUGGGACGAGUGUGUGACCAGCUCCCCGAGGCUGCUCUCCACGAGUCGUGUCGUGAAGUUCUCCUCAACUGCCUCGCUUCCGGCCUUGAGAAGGAACCUCGCGUUGCCACCAAUGUCUGCUGG